AUGCUUAGAUGCAAACCUGCUGCUACACCCAUCGAGAUGAAUCACAAGUUAUGUAUAGACAUGGAUCAAGAACCAACCAAUGAGGAACAGUACCAACGCCUUGUUGGAAGAGAUCUCAAAGUUGUUGGAUAUACAGAUGAUGAUUGGGCUGGCUCCGUUACAGACAUACGCUCUACUUCAGGUUACUUCACUUUUGUGGGAAGUAACCUAGUCACUUGGCGGAGUAAGAAAUAA